CCAAAUUAUAUGUCAAUAUUGUUUAUGACGAUCAGUGUGCAUUCGGGGCACUUGGAGUGCAGAUCGUUGUCGGAUAUUUAAUAAUUAACUAAAUACAAUUUUUAUAAUUCAUAAAAUAAAAAAAAAAUAACUUUUAAGAUGCUGUUUCUUAACACUCGGGACGCUUUCACAGCGGAAGAGUUGUUUAAAGUAAAACAAUUACGUCAGCUGGUGGAAAAAUCUGAUGAGUUGCAGGUAGGAACGGAUGAGACAUUUCUGACGAAAUUCCUGCACUACACACACUGGGAUACAUUUAAGGCCUAUCAGGCUAUACACGCUUACUACGACUUCAAGCUUAAGCAUCCAACAUGGAUGGCUCACCAUCCCGUAGACCAUUAUACCAAAGUUUUUUAUGCAACGAAUUGUCGCUUCAUAAUGCAGCAGACAGAUAAGAACGGACGUGUUCUAGUCAUCUUUAAAACUGUAGAUGCAUUUCAACAAUUUCCUGAUUAUCUGCAGCAUUUGAUUGAAAUGGAUGAUCUAAUUUUUGAAUCGUUGUUAAUGUUACCACGUGUGCAACAGAACGGCAUAACAGUAAUUUGUGAUCUACAGGGUACUACACGUAACUUUCUGCGUCAAUUCUCACCCAGCUUCAUGAGGAUCGUCAAUGAGAAAAACGGGAUUUUGCCCUUUAGUCAGCGUAUUGUGCACAUCAUUCAGCGUGGAUUUCUUAUGCAUGUGACGUCGUCUCUAUUUCUUCCUUUUAUGAAUAAAGAGUUCAAGGAACGCAUUUUCACACAUGAUGGUCGACAUCUGAACAAAUUACGGGAAAUGGUUGGCUUUGAUAGUUUACCCGCGGAAUACGGUGGUCCUGCUUCAAAUGUGCUGGAUACGAAUCUUUUGCUGAAUCAUUUGAUCCAAAAUUCGGAAUACCUCGAGAAAAUGCAGCAUUAUAAUAAACGUGUAGCAUAAACCAAAUAAUAAAAUGUUGUUAGAAUAUUAACUGCAUGACUUCAA